AUGUACACUGACCGAUUGACAGACGCAGUAUAAUAAGUACGUAUAUAUUAUAUAUAUAUACAUACGCGCGCGUGAGCAUCCGCGUGACGCGUGCGUGGCUCCGCCUAUCUAUUUUUGCUCGGGCAUGCGCGAUACAGAGCGUGUUGCAUGGACUACUGUCCUCCAGAUCUUGUGUUCUCACUCGUAGUUCUCCACCAUAUUCUAUCUACUCGCACGCGUCUUCUACCCUGAUUCACUUCAUCUUCGCCCGCACCUAGGGCUACUCUCCUUCAGUGGAGGUUACAAAGAAGAAGAAGAAGAAGAAGUUAGGACUCUGUCCUGUGUUCUCGCUCUCUGUGGUUCCAGAUCUCCUGACUGUGGCGGACUAUGCAGGCUUUGCUACUACUGGUGUGUGUACUUGGCUUUGCUGGUACUGAGGUGUGCCCAGUGGUGACGAGUGGGUCCGUAUGCAAAAUCUCUCUGUCUCCACCUUGCACGUUUGACCUGACUGACUCUCCAUGUGAUGUCCUCAAUAUUACUCUGGAGGACAGCACCAAUGGCUCCUGCAUCUGGAGAUGGAAACCUGAUGACUCAACGAAUUUCCAACCUGCUAGUGCGACCAGCGGACCUCGUUUCUUGUCACUAGAUGUCAGUUAUGUGUUUGAGCAGGCAAACAUGGAAUUGACAAUCAUAUGCCGUUCUUCCGACGCCAUUCUAGGGUCAAUUAAGUUUCUUCUCCCAGCUGGUAAACCGACAACCCAAUUGGUACCUCAACUAACGACAAAACCACCUGCAGCUGGUCCCGGUAAACCGACAACCCCUUUGGUACCUCAACUAACAACAAAACCACCUGCAGGUGAUAGCUCGCUAUCUUCCCGAGGCUUCUCUUCCACGCCAUCACCCCCUACAGGAGGAGCAGUACCACCACCUCAUCUUCCUCCUCAUAUUAUUAGUGAGCUGUUGUAAUGCCUGUACCUGGUUCCUAGUUUUGUCACGCAAUAGCUGCACUGAGCCAGUAGCCAGUUGUCAUGCAAAAUUCUGUCCCACACAUGUUGUUGACUUUGUUAGCCUUGUGGCUCCUCCACUCCGCCCUUUUAAACCUAUAGAGCAAUGUAUACAGCACCAUGCAUCUUUUCUGAGGUGUACGGAUCUAUCUUUAUUGCCAUACAGAAAAAAUCGUUGGUGUGGUAAUAGGUUUUAUUGCUGCUGUUGUCAUUGUGACCAUCGCUGUCAUCGCUCUUGGUAAGUGCAAGCUAUAGGGAAUACUCAUUCAUUUGUAGUUCAGCAGUAUGCCGAAGAAGGAGAAUUCUUCCUGACGAACACGCUCAUCCUCUCCCACCCGUGCAAGCAGAUGAGGAGAGUAAGGAAAGUGCAUUAGAUAGUCCUCUGAAACAGCAGUCUAGUCCAAGCAGCAGCAGUGUGGGGAGAAGUGAAAGGAGCUCUUAAAGUGCAGGUCUGCUGAAACAUAGAGCCACUCUCCCUAAGAGACUCAAAAUUUAUUAUUAUUGCCUUUUUGUAGUCACUUUUUAUUCUGUAAACCGCCACCACUUUUUUAUCCUUACCAUGACUACUUUUAUCCUUGUGUCUGAUUUUGGAGCUACCGCAGGGAAAAUGUGCAUGCCCUGAAUGUAUUAUAUAAUGUAUUAUUACAACUGUGCUGGAGUGUUUUGUCAUUAUAAUUAUAUCCUGAUGCAGACUAUAUACUCUGCUUGGCCCAAAGCUAUUUUGUAGUAGUUACCUGUCUUUGUCGUCUAUUGCUAAAAAUGCGUCACUCGGCUGGCCUGCCCCCCAGGCCCCAGCCAAAAACACCAAUUGACCAUGACGAGAUCAAAAUACAAUUUUUAUGCCUAAUUAGUCACUGGUCAUUGCAAGAGUAUAUAGAUAUAUAGCUACCGCACCAUGAAUGAUAGCUACUGAUGAAGCACGACAUCCUCGUACGCAGCAUUUUGCUGACACUGAAUAGGCUUAGAGACUUCGUAGACCUCAUUCUUGUGCAUUUCAAUAGGUUUUGUGCACUCGUACACCGGAUUAGGACCAAGUCUUAUGUCACCGUCGUCUCCAUCUCUCCUACAAUCAACUUUCCUCUUUUUGUUGGAGAUGAAGAUGAGUAAGAUUACCAGAGUGAA